UCCGUCAAAAAGAAGAAGAAAAAAAGCUAGCAAAUUUAUUAAUUUUGCACUACUCAAGUCUCUCGUCUCUAUCUCUCGCUGUCUCGCUCUCGCGCGUCUGAUCCACUCAGCUUAGUAGAGGAUGGAUUCAUCAGCAGCUCUAUUUAAUCAGCUCAAGGCAGCGGAGCCAUUUUUCUUGUUGGCGGGUCCCAAUGUGAUUGAAUCUGAGGAGCAUGUUCUUCGGAUGGCCAAGCACAUAAAGACUAUUGCGUCAAAAGUUGGGUUGCCUCUGGUUUUCAAGUCAAGUUUUGAUAAAGCUAACCGAACAUCCACAAAAUCAUUUCGAGGCCCUGGCAUGAUUGAAGGCUUAAAGAUACUUGAGAAGGUUAAAAUAGCGUAUGAUAUUCCUAUAGUGACUGAUGUGCACGAAACUAUCCAGUGCGAACCAGUUGGCAGAGUUGCAGAUAUUAUUCAAAUUCCAGCAUUCUUAUGCCGGCAGACGGAUCUUCUAGUUGCAGCGGCCAAGACUGGAAAAAUUGUUAAUAUCAAGAAAGGCCAGUUCUGUGCUCCUUCCGUCAUGGUAAAUUCUGCUGAGAAGGUUAGAUUGGCUGGAAAUCCAAAUGUGAUGGUUUGUGAGAGAGGAACCAUGUUUGGUUAUAAUGAUUUGAUUGUUGAUCCUCGCAAUUUGGAAUGGGUGAGAGAAGCCAAUUGUCCUGUUGUAGCUGAUGUCACACACUCAUUACAACAGCCAGCUGGGAAAAAGCUGGAUGGUGGAGGUGUUGCUAGUGGUGGUCUUCGUGAAUUGAUACCAUGCGUUGCAAGGACAGCAGUUGCUGUUGGAGUGGAUGGGCUUUUCUUGGAGGUGCACGAUGAUCCUUUGAAUGCACCAUGUGAUGGCCCAACUCAAUGGCCUUUGCGUCAUUUGGAGGAACUGCUGGAAGAGCUUGUGGCAAUUGCUAGGGUAAGCAAGGGAAAGCAACAAUUCAAGAUUGAUCUCACGCCGAUUCGUGAUUAGAGAGACUAGCACUUCUCUCAAUGGUUAAAGGAUGCAGACCAGAAUCAAACUUAAGAAAAUAUCCAAACAGAGAGAAAUGGAACUACUUAUGUUCUGGUUCAUGAAUCAUGAGGGUUGCUGAGCCUGUAGUACCUGGAAAAAUUAUUAACCAUUGUCUUCGUCUGCGCGUGCACUCAAGUUUUUACAUGGAUUAUCAAAAUGAAAAAUCUUCUUAUCCCAAUAAACCAGGACUUUUAGUCAAGAGUCGGCUUUAAUGAAGCCAAGUCAAGUAGAGCGUUGAAUGUUCAAGUUCAAUUUGUUUAUUUAUUUAUUUAUAGUAUUUUGGAACAUGGGCCAUGUUUGAACUUAUUACUGUGUUAGAUAAUCUAUUUAAACUUGUUUCAUUUA